AUGGCAGAGGCCAUGCUUGCUCAGCAAGUUUCUGUCAUGUUCGCUGAGCACGCUGAGCUUCGGAAAACCGACGCGGCACAAAAGAAAGAGAUAGAGAACCUCGAAGCUCAACGCGACUUCUACGCCGGUGAAGCAGAAAUGCUCAGAGACCUUCGGCUUCUCUACGAAGCCAAGCUUGAACAAAAGGAUUCUGAGAUUUUGGGCCUGCAUGUCCUCCUCGACAAAGUGAGGGUCGAUGCCGAUAUCUGUAGGGACGAUCUGAGCGAGUUGCGCAAGCAGCUCAAGGACCUGCAAGCCAAGUAUGAGACAAGCCAGAAACAACUUUGCGCUGGCGAGGUAAAGUUUACCCGUCGCAGUUUUCAAGUCUCCAAUCUUAUUUGCGCCCUGCGUCGGAAAAUUUCUACCAAUCGCGUCUCCCUCGUAGCUCUUCGCGCUGCGUACAAGGUCAUUCCAAGCUUGGAGCAGAAAGCUCGGUGCAUGAGGAUUCUUUCUAUGGCGAGGAAACUUCCACACAGAACUGGUAUUGAGAAGGAGAUGAAAGAGUGCCUCGAGGACGCUGGUCUCUUGGUCUCGUUUGACAAGAAUGGUAUCAUGGUGCUGACACGAUCUGUGCCGGUUGUCAAAAUACCCACUGAUGGUUAUAAAGAGUUUGAGGAAAGCAUCACGAUCGUCGAGAAAGAUGCUGCAAUGAUGGACGACAAGGCUUCCGAUCAGAAUACCCAACAGAAUACCAAGAAAGAUGAAGACGUUCAGGUGUCUGUUUAA